AUGGACUUGAAAUUAACUUCUUUUAUUCCAAAAAGCUCUUCAGCUCCUAGAUGGAUUCCUCUAUUUGAACCGGACAAUAUUUUAAGACUUACAGGAAAAUUUAUUCUUGAGGAAGAACCUCUUCAUGGGAUUUUACAGAUAACAGCAAAUGCUGGUGAUCUUAUUGAAAUUAGCAAAGAUAAUCUUCCAACGAGUUCAGUUUCAGUUUUUAUUACAGGAUUUGUUGUUGAUCAAGUUCAAAAUGAUGAUAAUAUAUUUAGAACUAUAAAAAUUAUUACCUCUGAAUUUGCUGGUAAUAAUACGAAUAAGUUUUACAUCAAAUGCAGGUAUUUAAAAACAGAUGAAAGAAUUGAAAAAAAAGCUACUAAAAUGAGAAAAAAUUCAAGUGUAAUGAUAACUGGUGAGUUGACUCUGGUCAACUCCAAGUUUAAAAUAGAAAUUCAAGACUUAAACUUUCUAUCAACAACAAUUGGCAACAUUGAAUCUUCCUCAACAACAAGUAGUUCUGCCUCCUCUUUGUAUUCUUGGCCUACAACUCCAUCUUCAAGAAUGUCUGCCCAGAAAAUAGCAAACACCCUUACACCUCAAAAUUCAAUACCAGAUAAUCAACCCUUAAAUAUAGUUACUAAUUACGAACUUAUUAAUGAUGAGAAUUCUUCACAUGAUGACGAUAAUGAUACUUCCCCAAGUACUCAAACACCACCAAAUACUCGAACACCAUCAAGUACUCGAUCAAAUACUCAAAAAACACCUAGAGGAAGAAAAAGAACAAAAAAAUAA